AUGCGCCUACUUCCUCGCUGCGGCUACCGUCUACCUCUUCGCCGCGCAUUCCAGACGGCCGCUACCCCUAACAGCCGUGCCGCCGAUUUUGCUUUCGCUUUCGAUAUCGAUGGAGUACUCCUAAGGAGUUCGGACGCAUUACCGCGAGCUCGAAAGGCCCUCUCCUAUCUUCAGUCAGAGCGCAUCCCCUUCAUACUUUUGACGAAUGGCGGCGGCAAACAUGAAUCCGAGCGCGUGGCCGAGUUGAGCAGCAAACUGGACGUGCCUAUCGAUACAUCCAUGUUUGUUCAAAGUCAUACCCCUUUCGCCGACAUGAAUGAUCUGAAGGACAAGACAGUCAUGGUUGUGGGUGGGGUGGAGGAUAAAUGCAGGAGAGUUGCCGAGGCAUACGGCUUCAAAAAAGUUGUCAUCCCUGGCGACAUUCUAGUCGCUCAUCCGGAAGUAUGGCCUUUCUCACAGCAACUUCUAUCAUACUAUAAAACCUUCACUCGACCGCUGCCGGUCCCUAUCGACGCUACGGCACCGUCUACGUCGCUCCGUAUCGAUGCUGUCUUUGUGUAUAACGAUCCUCGGGACUGGGGUUUGGAUGCGCAGAUCAUCAAGGACGUCUUGUUGUCAGAGCGUGGCAUCGUUGGAACUCUGUCUCGGAAGAACGGCAAUCCUGCCUUGGAGAACCGCGGUUAUCAGCAAGACGGGCAACCACCGCUCUAUUUCUCAAACCCAGACUUGCUAUGGGCGGCAAAAUACCACCUACCACGUCUAGGCCAGGGAGGAUUCCGCGAAGCCUUUGAAGGUAUCUGGGCUGCGAUAACCGGUGGCGAAGCACAAGGUGUCAAGCUGCAGAAAGUCAUAAUGGGCAAACCACACCGGCCUACGUACGAGUUCGCAGAGAAGCGUCUGAUAGCGCAUCGGCAUAAUAUAAUGCAACGCUAUGGCAGUCCUCUGGGGCAUCUCAAGCGUGUAUAUAUGGUCGGCGAUAAUCCUGCCAGUGAUAUUGCCGGUGGUAAUAACUACCGGAGUCCGUAUGGCACGGAUUGGGCUAGUGUAUUAGUGGAGACAGGUGUUUAUGAGAAGGGCACAAAACCGACACCUCAACCGCGCAAGAUCGUGAGCGAUGUCUGGGAUGCCGUCUCGUGGGCUGUCGCACAGGAAAAAUGGGCAUCUUCAGCUGAUACUCCUUGA